GAGAUUUUUGCCUUGAGCACUGGCCCAGCUUUCACACAUGGCACUUUGUUGCCUCGGGUCCUGAUGACAAGCGAGACAGCUGUUUUUAAUUUGUGUUCCUGUCUCAUUUUUAACGUGUGUUGCAGUGUUUGUACUGCUGCUGCACAGCGCAGCUUCUUGCAGCUCGUUUGAACUUAUUGCAUCACAAUUCUUUUUGGCAGAAUCCGAUGGAGAUGCUGUCGCAUCAACAUUGUUUUUGGGAGACAUCGAACCAGAACCAACUGAAUCCGAUGGAGAUGCUGUCGCAUCAACAUUGUUUUUGGGAGACAUCGAACCGGAUCCAACUGAUGGAGAGGACGAGAUGGAACCAGACAGCACUGACGAUGAGGCAUCAAACGACUUGCCAGAGAGCAUGCAAUUGUUACAAGCACAGUUGCCUGCACCAUCACACCACAUGGGUGGAUUUUCAAGAAACCUGCAGGCUCGCAUGCAAGAGAAGUACCUGGAGAAAUGUCGAGCAUAUAAUGCAUUGCAGGAGCGCUAUUUAA